GUAUCAGGAUGCCAUAUCCAAGGAGGGCUCUAACCACCUGCUGCAGCUGCUAAGACCGGCUCUGGUAGUAUCAGGGCAUGCAGAGGCCACCUGCUGGCAGCAGCGGCAGGUGCAAGGGACCCCCAGAGGGAACAGCAGCUCGGGAGGCGCUGCUGCUUGGGACGUGAUCGAGCUCUCGCUCCCAACCUUCAACUUCGUCCACAGCACACACGCCAUCGCGGAUCCACCUGCUUUCCUGCUCAUCACCGCUCCCCUGGACCACCACUCCCAUGGAAACUACAAGCAGCAGCAGAAACCAACGCUGGGGGCAGCGUCAGUGCACGUGCAGCUGUGUGUGCUGCCAACGCAGAUCCUCUUCCCCCCAUGGUACUUCCUCCUUACACUUCUCUCCUGCCUCGCCUUCCUCCUGCUGCCCUCACGAGGCGUCUCCUGGGCAUCCCUGGCAGUGCUGGCGGCACGCGUGGCAGCAGCGAGCAGAGAGGCGUGGACACUGCCCAAGCUCAAGGCGGAUGGGGAUGAAGAAGGCGAGCUGGAGCCCAUGUUUGACACGGAUGGGAACAUGGUGCUUGUAAGGAGGGCCACUCCCAGGCUCCCUGACACCAUGCCCUCUUCAGUCACGUCAGACAGAAGACCCGGCGGAGCACAGCUAAGGGCCUCCCGGCAACAGGGGUCCCAUGAUUCGCUAAUGGACGCUGGUGGCAGUUCUGGCGUUCCUCGGAUUGGAUCAUUCACAGACGUUUCAAGAGACGGUGCUACGGCAUCUGGAGGUGGUGGUGGCGAGUCAGGAGGUGAUGGGUUAAUGGCAACGAUUGCCAAGGGGGCGAAUCUUACGCCCAAGAUAGCUUUUCUUCGCUUGCUACGAGCAAUCGGGCCGCUUACGCUGCUAGUGGGCACUUCCUGCUCCGUUUUCUCCCCUACCUCCUCCGCUUUCUCCGCCGCGUCCCCCUCAACGUUCGCCGCGUCUCCCGCGGCCGCCUCGUCGCCACCAGACGGCGCGGUCGACGCGUCCACGGCAGGGGCGCACGCGUCCAUCACCUCCUCGCAUGGCCUCACGCCCCACCAACUCGAUUUCCGCGCCUUGGCUCAGGACUUUGCAGCCAAUGAGCUGCUGCCACGUGCAGCAGAGUGGGACGCGCGGAAGCACUUCCCGGUGGACGUGCUCAGAAAGGCAGCAGGGCUGGGCUUCGCUGCUCUCUUUGUCAAAGAAGACGUGGGGGGGUCAGGGUUGGGCCGGGCUGACGGGGCGGUGGUGUUUGAGGCAUUGGCGCAUGCUGACGUCAGCACGACGGCGUACCUGACGAUCCACAACAUGAAUGCGAGCAUCAUCGACAGGUUCGGUUCGGAGGAGCAGCGGCACAAGAGGUUACCAGCGCUGGCAACAAUGCAUCCCAUGCACUUGUUCUCUCCCUCCCUCCCUCGUCUGGUGUGGCAGGAUCUGCUCUCCUCCUACUGCCUCACGGAGCCUGGCAGUGGCAGUGACGCAGCUGCACUCAAGACCACGGCAAGGCAGGCCACUGGCUCCACGGAUUACAUUCUGAAUGGAUCCAAGGCGUUCAUCAGUGGAGCAACGGCGGCUGAUGUGUAUGUGGUGAUGGCUCGGACAGACGGAGAGGGGCCCAAGGGAAUAUCGUGCUUCCUGGUGGAGAAGGGCAUGUCUGGAUUAUCAUUUGGGCAGCUGGAGAAGAAGCUCGGAUGGAACUCACAACCCACUGCUGCGCCCACUGCUGGGCUAUCAAUUGGGCAGCUGGAGAAGAAGCUCGGGUGGAACUCACAGCCCACUGCUGCGCCCACUGCUGGGCUAUCAUUCGGGCAGCUGGAGAAGAAACUCGGGUCGAACUCAGAAUCCACUGCUGCGGUCAUCCUGGAAGACGUGAGGGUCCCAGCAGCCAACCUUAUUGGGGGAAGGGGCAACGGCUUCCGAAUAGAAAUGGCAGGUCAUGGCAGCGGUUCUCUGCAUUUCCUUGUCUCUUUCUCCCCUCAUCAGGUCAUUCUGGAAGACGUGAGAGUGCCGGCAGCAAACCUUAUCGGGGGGAGGGGCAACGGCUUUCGAAUAGCAAUGACUGGGCUGGAUGGGGGGAGGGUCAAUAUUGGCGCAUGCAGUGUGGGAGGGGCACAGUUUUGUCUCGAGUAUGCUCAGCAGUAUGCAACGGACAGGAAACAGUUCGGCAAGCCAAUCACAUCCUUUCAGAACACGCAGUUUCAACUGGCCGACAUGGCAACAGCAGUGGAGGCAUCUCGCCUGAUGGUUCGCAAUGCUGCCACUGCCAUUGAUGUCAAAGCACCCUGGGCGACAACAGCCGCUGCCAUGGCUAAAAGGUUUGCGACGGAUAAUUGUUACCAGGUGGCCAAUCAGGCGUUACAGAUGCUCGGAGGCUAUGGGUUUCUGCAAGACUACCCCGUGGAGCGAUACGUGAGGGAUCUUCGAGUGCACACCAUUUUAGAGGGUACAAACGAGAUAAUGCGCCUCAUCAUAGCACGACGCCUUCUACAACCAUGA